AUGUCAGAGGCCAAGGACCAGCCAGAAAGGGGGCAGGAUGACGGCACCCUGGGCCUCCAGGGCCCCACGUAUGAGAACCGAGGGUCCAGGGACCCCAAAUGCUGGGGUCUGGACGAUGGGGACCUGGGAUUGGAAGACCAAGAGGAGGAAACUCCCCCUGAGGAGGUGACUGGGGAAGAAUUCGUGGACGCCCAGAACCCGGAGGAGGCCCUCGCGGAGCUGGAGAGGGUUCUGGAGAAAGACGCGGAGGAGGGCGUGCCUGAGAUGAGCCGGCUGUCCACCUCCCAGAGGACCCCUGGCACCUCCGUGGGCUGGGAGAGGAGGAAGAAGAGGCGGCUGUUGGAGUUGGUGAAACCCAAGACCAACUGGCAAGUCUUGAAAGACAGGCCAUCUGUGUACUGGACAGAGAGGUUUCUUGAGGAUACCACCCUCACCAUCACGGUGCCCAAGGUGUCCCGCCGGUUGGCGGAGCUGGCCCGACCUAAGAGGUUCUACUCAGAGUAUUACAACAACAACAGGACCACCCCCAUCUGGCCCAUUCCCCGGUCCACCUUGGAGUACCAAGCGUCCGACCGCCUGCGGGAACUUGCCACCCCGAAGGUCCGGAGUAACAUCUGGAGUAUACACAUGUCUGAGGUGUCCCAAGUGUCCAGGGCAGCCCGGAUGGCCACCCCCAGUCUGAGGAUCAUCCAGCUGGCAAAGCCCAGGGCUCCAGCCGCCCUGCGGGAAGAGUGGGACCCCAUGCCAAAACCCAAGCCACACGUGUCAGACUAUAACCGUCUCCUUCACCUGGCCAUGCCCAAGCCCCAGUCGGACAAGUGUGUUUCUGACCGAGACGCACGCUGGGAGGUGCUGGAGGCCACCAAGAAGGCGGUGGCCAGUCCCCGCAUCGUCUCCCUGGCCAAACCCAAAGUGCGGAGGGACCUGAGCGAGGACUACAACCCCUACCUCAUCUCUCCAGCCUCCCUGGUGGCUCGUGCAUCCCCUCGCCUGCAAGAGCUUGCCACCCCCAAGAGCAUCACCAAAAAAGCAUGAGCAGCCCAGGUCUGGCCCCUCAGCCCGUUCCCAGUAAACACCCAAGUGCAGCUUGACCCUGUGUGUGGCUCUGAUCACUUUGGCCUGGAGCCGGGAGGGCAGCGGGGGCCCGGAGGAGACAGUAAUAAUAAUGUUUAUGUUUGCAUCUAACCUGCAAUCCUACAGCCCUUUUUCCCCAGUCACGUUCCCCUGGCAUCGCCAGCCCCUCGAGUGGCAGACUCCACGCUCUCCCACGUCAGAAUUUUCCCUCUGAACCACUUCUGUCCCAACUUGCUUAUCCAGCCGCAUCCUGGGCGUCCACAGCCCCUCAAACUCAGUGACCUCCGUAAGAAACCAGCUGAUGCCUGCUGCAUGAUGAUGAUCUUUGCAGUGACCCGACGGGGGGACUGUCAGUGUCACCCCUGUGCUGAGGUGGAGGCUGAGGGUCACAGAGUUUGUGGAAGACCCACCAGAAUUUCCCACGGCAGCUGGGACAACUCACCAUGAACCGGGGGCUGAAAACCACACAGAUGGGUUCUCUGACAGUCCUGGAGGUCAGGAGUCCGGCUCGGGUCUCACGGGGCUAAAUGCAGGCGUGGGCAGGGCCGGUCCUUCCGGAGGCUCCAACGGAGCAUCGGUUCCCGCCUUUUCCAGCUUCUAGAGGUGCCGCAUCCCUGGCUCACGGCCCCCCCUGCAUCCUCACAGCCAGCAGCGCAGCGUCUCCCGUCUCUCUCUGCCUCUGACCCUCCUGCUUCCCUCUUAUAAGGACCCUGGGAUGACGCUGGACGUCUCGGGGAAUCCAGGGUCAUCCCCGUCUCAGGAGCCUUAACUUAAUCCCAGCUGCAAAGUCCCCUCUACCCUGUGAGGCGACACAUCCGCAGGGCCCAGGAAGGACGUGGGUGUCUUUGGGGGCUCUUAUUCUGCUGAGCACAGUGGGAGAGAGAUCUUUUCUGUCUCUGCAACCCUAGAGAAAGUCUCGUUUAUCUCUGGCUCUGGCUGGACCACUUGGGGACUGAUUGCUGGGUCCUGAGGGUGUGAUGAUGUACUGACAGCCCCUCACAUCUCUCAGAGCCCAGCAAGCAUCAGGUCCCGAGCCACGAUCUGAGACCCAGUUAUUCCCAGACUCUUUGAGGACGUGGGUCCAAUAUCACUACACAUCCUUCUAAGAGGGAGGCCAAGGAAAUUGUGUGACACCAAAGCCACCCGCCGUGCUCCAGCCUGAAGAGGGAGGAGUGCAACCCUGAAAGGACCCACGGUCUCCUCUUGGGGCCUCGGGAGAGAGCGAGGCCCUGCUGACACCGUGAUUUCUGCCCCCCAGAUAAUGAGGGUGUGUUGUAUUAGCUACUGGAUUUGUGGUGAUUUGCCUCAGCAGAAGGAGGAAACCAGUGCAGAUUAGAAAUCUUAGAGGUUCCGUCUUUAGACGCUUGGUGACUGCAGUGCUGGCCAACACUGCAUGUCCACCAGUGGGGGAUGGUCAACCUUAGGGACCUUGCAAGACAAGACAAAACAAAACAAAACUUUAAACCAGCCGAAUGUCCAAAACGACGUGCUCGUUCUCUUGUCAAAGACCUCCUCGCAUUUUCGCGUUCCUCUUCAAGCUGAGAAAAAACAAACUUCGUACCGCAUCUCCUGAAGAAAUAAAAUGUAACUUUACCUACACUGAAAUCAUUAUCUCACGAUUUAAUGGGCCGAUAAAGAAGCGUGUAUACUGCCUGUCACCCAUGCGAUCCAUGGUCCGCUUUGUUGAGACGGAACAGACGGGAAAAUCGAUCCUUUUCCGGGUUUUACCAGCACUGACGCAGGUAAACUAGCCACCGCUGCAAUCAACAUACACAAGUUUCAUCUCCGCCCAAAACCCUGGGGCUGCUCUGUAUUCAGGCUGUUCUCCCACCUGGGCCCUGGCAGCCGCUCACUUGCUCUGUGUCCCUACAGGCUGGAGUUUCUAGGGCGCAGGUAAACGGGGCAGGUGUGCGGGCGGAGGAGACUGCGUGUGACCUUCUCACUCUCGGAUUUGAUGCUGGUUCACAGCUCAGGGUCGGGAUUUGCCCUGUGACCCACUCCGGGAUCACGCUGAGUUUGGCCCGUUUACAUCUCCUGAUAGGACCAGUAUCGGGGCUUAGUUCUUCCUAUUUAUGUUACACUUUCAACUGGUGUUACUUCUUUUGUUUGUUUCUUAAAUCUUUCAAAAUACAACUCAUGCUUUGUGUCAGAGGCUAGGUCCCCAGGAAACAGACUGCGAGACAGAGGCUGAGAUAGGAAAAUGAGUGGGGAGGGUCCUUGUGGUCACCCCCGGCCAGGCGGUGAAGGAUGCAAAGUCUGCGUACAUCUCAUGGGGAGCUCUGGAGCUUCACCCCUGUCCCCUGUUGACCACAGGUGCUGGGCCUGGACGCGGCAGCCUCCGCGACGGAUAGGUGACAUCUCUCUUCAGCCACCGAUGUUCCCAGCAGCUGGGAAACUGCUUGUGUGUGUGUUUGGGGGG